AUGUACGAAGUCCGCCAGCCAUUUGCUGCUGAGCCUUCAGUCCGCCAGCCAUUUGCUGCUGAGCCUUCAGUCCGACAGCCUUUUGUUGCUGAGCCUUCAGUCCGCCAGCCUUUUGUUGCUGAGCCUUCAGUCCGCCAGCCUUUUAUGCUGCUGAGCCUUCAGUCCGCCAUCCUUUUGUUGCUGAGCCUUCAGUCCGCCAUCCUUUUUGCUGCUGAGCCUUCAGUCCGCCAGCCUUUUGUUGCUGAGCCUUCAGUCCCCUUCAGUCCGCCAUCCUUUUAUGCUGCUGAGCCUUCAGUCCGCCAUCCUUUUGUUGCUGAGCCUUCAGUCCGCCAGCCUUUUGCUGCUGAGCCUUCAGUCCGCCAGCCUUUUGUUGCUGAGCCUUCAGUCCGCCAGCCUUUUGCUGCUGAGCCUUCAGUCCGCCAGCCUUUUGUUGCUGAGCCUUCAGUCCGCCAGCCUUUUAUGCUGCUGAGCCUUCAGUCCGCCAUCCUUUUGUUGCUGAGCCUUCAGUCCGCCAUCCUUUUUGCUGCUGAGCCUUCAGUCCGCCAUUCUUUUGCUGCUGAGCCUUCAGUCCGCCAUCCUUUUGCUGCUGAGCCUUAA